AUGACACGACCAGCGACCCGCCCAAUUCAAAAGUUCGCAGCGGCCACGUCAAAAUGCUCCGUUGAGGCGGCUGUAUAUGGAAAGUGUAUAGUGGCAGACUACAACUCUGUACACAAGGAUAAAUGCGCCAAAGAGUUUUUGAGACUCAAGGACUGCUACAUUAUGGCCUCCAAGAAAUCAUGA